AUGCAGGAAGAAGGGCCUGGAGGGAGUGGGCCUUUUAGUAUGGGCAGUGCCAGAAGAGAGGCAAGGGAGCACAUGCCCUCCCAAAGGAGAUUUCCCCUCACUUGCUCCCUGCCCCAAUUGCUGGACCCCUGUCAUUAAGAUAUACUGCUAUUUUUCUUCAGAGGUGUGUGACACAGCCAGUGGCAGACCUACAUUUCAGGGGUCCUGAAGCUUGUGCUAUAAUGGAGGUCCGUUUGCAACCAGAAACAAGGUCUGGGUAACCACUGUUCUCUUCUACAAUGGGUUGUUCUGUUAAAAAACAACUAUUGCAUCUCAAAUUUUGAAUAAAAUUACUGUAUUAUCUCACAUGUCAAAGUGUGAAGAAAAAAUCCUUAUGCCUUAUAGUUUUCUUGCCUAUGCCUUAUAGUUUUCAAGUUAUGGGGCAGGGGAUGAAAAUUAGAGAACUGUUACAUUCAUGCAUGAUGCAUCAUAGAAAGAUUUGAGUUGUGCCACUCAAAUUGGUUCUCCUAGACAAUGUGGACUAAAGUCUCUUCUGGAGCCCUCCAGGAUUAGGGGGCCUGAAGCUUAAGCUUCAUUAGUUUCAUUAAUUUUAUAAUGAAUGAUUUUAGAGUGUUGUUUAUGCUGUACUUUUGUACUGUUUUAUUGUUGUUAGCCGCCCUGAGCCCGGCUUCGGCUGGGGAGGGCGGGAUAUAAAUAAAUGAAAACAUUUUAUUUAUUUAUUUAUUUAUUUAUUUAUUAUUAUUAUUCAUAGCAGACCCGCCCCUGGGCUCAGCUCACCCACCCAGAACUAUACUUUGCUUCUCCUGUGCCCUCCCCCAAAUUAUCUUCCUGUUGCAGUGGCAGAGCGUUCCCCACUGGGCAGGCAAGUGUGUGCCAGGGCACUCACAGUGCGCCAUGGGGGCGGGGCACACCUUGGGGAUGGGGGCACACCGCCGGACCGAUCCCCACCCUCUGGCCAGCUGGCUUUGAGGGGUGCAUGCAUGGCACCCUGUGAGGCCAGCAGCACUUUGUGAGACUCGAAAGAAAGGCGUUGGGCUGGCAGGGCGCAAUGGGCUGUUUGUGUCCUUCUCAAGCGCCCUCCAGCCGGAAGGGGGCUGAAAAGGACACAACAGCUCACAACUGCCUUGUGCAUCUGCAAAACUGUGCCCGGGGUGACGCCCCCCAGCCCCCCCUACACCUCUGCUCUGUUGCUGCCGUGGCUUUUUAAGAGGGAGGUGCUGACCCAAGAAGACUCAAGACCUUCCAUGUGAGACCUGCAGUCAGGCAGCUCCCCCUGCUGGAAGAGCAAGAGGUUUGUGCAAACAAGUUCUCUGACUCCUCCACCAAGAUCUCAAGCACCUCAUCUCCUUCUCCCUCUCCGGCUCUUUCUCUUCCUUUGUGCCGUUCACAACCCGCACCUGGAAGACUACUAAACUGCAGGUGGGCUUCUGCCCAUUUUUUCAGGUGACCCAUUUGUGCUUGUGGCAAUCCGAGCGGGGGUCCUGCAUUUCCCCGCCCCACCUCCAUCUGUGGCACCCAUCACGCUGCCCACAAUGGGAAAUGGGAUGCAGGAAUGGGUGGACCAUUCUGCUGAUGCUAUGGGGCCGGGUCUCUUCCUGAGGAGUUGAGGCGGGUGGGAAGAGAAACACGCAGCCUCUGGCCCCGGAGAACAGCAGGUCUCCAGCUUCUGCUGCUUUCUGUGCCGCCUCUGCUGCUUCCUCUUCCUUAGAUACCAAGUUAGCAACGCUAAACCAAUCCAGAGCCCCCCCCCCGCCUUCUCCCCCCUCCGCUCUCUAGGCUUCUCUCUCCAGCUCAGCUUUGCUUUCUCAGCCAUGAAGACCCAGAAACUCGGACAUCUCUUGCUCGGCUGCUGCUUCCUCCUCCUGCUGCUGCUGCUUCUGGGGCUGGCAGGUAAGGGUCUCAGCCGAUGCGCUUCUUUCCUCCAGUCGAUGGCGAUGGGCUUCUCCGGGAGCUGGUAACAAAAGCAAGGGGGCUUGGAGGGGAGGCUCGCCUUUCCUUGCCACUAACGGAAUCUGCUGAGAUGGAUGCAGCUGGAUGGAUUCGCCUGGGCUGUGCGAGGCUAGAAACAAGGAGGUCAUUCUCCAACCGUGUGUGUGUGUGUGUGUGUGUGUGUGGGCGCGCGCGCAAUUCCUGGGGACUUUACAGGCAUCUCUGUCUAGAUAUCUUACAGGGACUCGGCACGUGCCUGUGACCAGACAGCUUGCGGUCCCCCCCCCCCUUUGUAAACCACCCUCUAAUGCUGUAUCCUGCAUUCCCCCCCCCCCCCGCUUUCCUUGGGAAACGAUAAGACUCGUUCUUCUUGGCUUAUAGUAUAAAGUGAACCAGUGAGGAAAGCUUUUGUUUCAAGCUCUUUCAACCGAUGGUUUAAGCACAGCAUUUAUUUAACAAAAUUUAUAUACUGCUUGAUUGUAAGAAAACCUCCCGCUGUUUAAGAAAAUUGUGUUUGUGCGUUCCCAGAGGUGCUUUGGGUUCUCUUCCAGGGGAUGUCCGGGUAAAGUGUCCACUGGGAUCAUAGUCUGCCCUGAGGUUUUAUCUCUGGCUUUUAGAAUGGAGUUCUGAAGUUUAAUUCUCACUCCACGGAGGAUGGUUGUGAGAGAUACUCUGCAUAUGGUCAGGGCCAAAAAAUUAAUAAUUCUUAUUUCCCAUACCACAGCAUCAAAAACAAAGAAGUCUCAGUUCAAGUGUCGGCAGAGUUGAAAGACAGGGUUCUGAAAGGGAGGGGCUGGAAGUCAUGAUUGUGGAGUUCUGGCUCCCUUGCCCUAUCCUGUAGACUCAGGGACCCUGGCAACAAUUUACUUCCCUCUUGUUGCAUUCGCACAACUAGAAGCAAAGGAGAACAGCAGGACUCCUCUCUCUUUGGCAGAAAAUGCUGACAGAUGGCAGCUUUUCCACGAUUAAAGGUGUAGAAACCCUCUCCUUCUGCAAACAGGUGCUGCUUGUGGGCGUCCCUUGGGGCACCUGGUUGGCCGCUGGAGAACAGGAUGCUUUGGCCUGAUCCAGCCUCAGGGCUCAUCUUGUGCACCUGGUCAUUGUAUAUACACACACAUACAUCACACACCGCUGUGCAUCUCUUUGACACAACUAUACGUAACUGAACGGAAUGCAUAUGCUUCCCCUGUAUGUCUUCCUCCCUGCUCUCUGCUGCCAUGCUUGUGUCAAAGUUUAGCUUGAAAGCACCUCUGGACAGAGACGUAUCUAAAUUAUUGCUCUGUGUCUGUUCCUGUUGUUGCUAUUUUUUACCCGCCCUUCACCCUAAGGUCCCUGGGCAUAUUACAUCAAUUUAAAAUGUGGUUUAAAACUCUUUUAAAAUUUACAAUUAAAAAUUAGUAUCACCCAAAAUGAGAUAGGCCUGAAAGCAUCAAAGGCAUUCACUGAAAACUGUAGACUCCACUGACUACCAGUCUGCUUCUGGGCACAUCCCAAACUGUCCUGGUUAUGACCUAAAAAGCCCUAUAUGGCUGAGGUCCAAGCUAUUGGAAAGACCCUCUUCCCUCAUCCGAACCUGCCUGGGCCCUGAGCUCUUUGUGGGAAGCCCCCCUCACAGGCACACUUGGUGGGGAGGAGAGCCUUCUCAGUGGUGGCUCCUCCUGGGCAAUUUUGGAACUCCUUGGCUAGGGAGGCCAGAAUGGUUUCCUCCUUCUUGUCCUUCUGGCAGGAGGUGAAGACCUUUUGGUAACUGACUGCUUUUAAUGAAAGGGCUGGUGCUAUGCUGUUUUUAUUGUAAUUAUUUGUAUGGUUUGAAUAGUGUGUGUGUGUGUGUGUGUGUGUGUGUGUGUGUGUUCUAUCAGUGUUUAACUGUUCUUUAAUUAUUGUUUUUUCUAUGUUUUUAGCAGUUCUUAUUUUUGUCCAUGAGCCUUAAGUCCCAUUAAUGGAAAAGGCGGGGAAUGGAUGGAUGGAUGGAUGGAUGGAUGGAUGGAAUUCCUUCCUAACCCCCCCAGCAUGUCUUCUUAGAUACUUCUGCUCCUUUUGCUCCACCCGUGGAACCCCUCACUCCUCCACCAGAAAACCCCUUCCUUUCACCAACUCUCCCUGCCACUCCUCAUCUUCUGCAGCGCUGGUGACCCUGAGUUAGAUGUUGGAGGAGCAGCCUCUUGACCCUUCCCCAGAUUCUCAGCAGCCACUUCAUGUCACAGGGUGCAGAGCUGGGCCAUUUAAAGGUGGUCCUAACAACGUUCUUCCUUCCACACAAUUAUGAAGGCUGCAGAUCUCCUUUGUAUCUGCUCAUCACUUUCCUUAACUUAUGGACUCUCUUGUUCAGGGAUGGAGAAACAUCCCCCCCCUCCCCGUGGAAGGCAUAAUUCCCUUCUGAAAGUGGGGGGCAAUCUAUCGGGGGCCACAUAGCAAUCAGUGUAGGGGGGAUGGAGCAGAAGUGGGUGCUCUCUCUCUCCUGCUGCCACUUUCCACAGGAUAACCUGAUCUUUAAUGCUGAAUUGGAACAAACAGCAAUUUGGUUUUUCAAGGAAUUGUUUUCAGCAGUAAAGAGUGGGCUUAGCACCCAGACGCAGGGCUUUAAAGCAUGAACUUGUGCCUAGAAACAGGCCACAAAAGGAAGUCUGGAUGAGCCUUCAGUGAUAAAGAGCGGGUUUUCCUGGGUGGAAGCAGCAGGGAAAGUGAUGUGUCAAUGAGUCCAGUGUUUACAAACAUGCAUGUAUUGGGGGGGGAGUGCAUUAAAUUGAAUCAUAGUAUUAUAGAAUAUGUUGGUGAAAAUAUCAUAUAAAAACAUUAUAGUAGGAGGAAUUGCUAGCAGCACUGUGUACAUUAGUCAAAACUGCAUAGAAAAAUGUGUUUAUUAGGAGAAAUUCACACUAAAAUGCUGAAGAAUUUUCAUGAGGAUUUUAAAACCAUCACAAAUUGCUGCAGAAAUGUGGCAAACAAAAUUUAAAAUUGGAAAACUGAGAGAACCAAAAUCGGCAGAUCUUUCCAUUCCUGGAUUUAAUGCGAGCCUGAGAAAUCUCUAUGUGGGACAAGAAGCUACAGCUAGAACUGGAUAUGGAACAACUGAUUGGUUCAAAAUUGGGAAAGGAGUACGGCAAGGCUGUAUAUUGUCUCCCUGCUUAUUUAACUUAUAUGCAGAAUUCAUCAUGCGAAAGGCUGGGCUGGAUGAAUCCCUGGCUGGAAUUAAGAUUGCCGGAAGAAAUAUCAACAACCUCAGAUAUGCAGAUGACACAACCUUGAUGGCAGAAAGUGAGGAGGAAUUAAAGAACCUUUUAAUGAGGGUGAAAGAGGAGAGCGCAAUAUAUGGUCUGAAGCUCAACAUCAAAAAAACGAAGAUCAUGGCCACUGGUCCCAUCACCUUCUGGCAAAUAGAAGGGGAAGAAAUGGAGGCAGUGAGAGAUUUUACUUUCUUGGGCUCCAUGAUCACUGCAGAUGGUGACAGCAGUCACGAAAUUAAAAGACGCCUGCUUCUUGGGAGAAAAGCAAUGACAAACCUAGACAGCAUCUUAAAAAGCAGAGACAUCGCCUUGCCAACAAAGAUCCGUAUAGUUAAAGCCAUGGUUUUUCCAGUAGUGAUGUAUGGAAGUGAGAGCUGGACCAUAAAGAAGGCUGAUCGCCGAAGAAUUGAUGCUUUUGAAUUAUGGUGCUGGAGGAGACUCUUGAGAGUCUCUUGGAUCAAACCUCUCCAUUCUGAAGGAAAUCAGCCCUGAGUGCUCACUGGAAGGACAGAUCGUGAAGCUGAGGCUCCAAUACUUUGGCCACCUCAUGAGAAUCAUAGAAUCAUAGAAUCAUAGAGUUGGAAGAGACCACAAGGGCCAUCGAGUCCAACCCCCUGCCAAGCAGGAAACACCAUCAGAGCACUCCUGACAUAUGGUUGUCAAGCCUCUGCUUAAAGACCUCCAAAGGAGGAGACUCCACCACACUUCUUGGCAGCAAAUUCCACUGUCAAACAGCUCUUACUGUCAGGAAGUUCUUCCUAAUGUUGAGGUGGAAUCUUCUUUCUUGUAGUUUGGAUCCAUUGCUCCGUGUCCACUUCUCUGGAGCAGCAGAAAACAACCUUUCUUCCUCCUCUAUGUGACAUCCUUUUAUAUAUUUGAACAUGGCUAUCAUAUCACCCCUUAACCUCCUCUUCUCCAGGCUAAACAUGCCCAGCUCCCUUAGCCGUUCCUCAUAAGGCAUCGUUUCCAGGCCUUUGACCAUUUUGGUUGCCCUCCUCUGGACACGUUCCAGUUUGUCAGUGUCCGUCUUGAACUGUGGUGCCCAGAACUGGACACAGUACUCCAGGUGAGGUCUGACCAGAGCAGAAUACAGUGGCACUAUUACUUCCCUUGAUCUAGAUGCUAUACUCCUAUUGAUGCAGCCCAGAAUUGCAUUGGCUUUUUUAGCUGCCGCGUCACACUGUUGGCUCAUGUCAAGUUUGUGGUCAACCAAGACUCCUAGAUCCUUUUCACAUGUACUGCUCUCAAGCCAGGUGUCACCCAUCUUGAGAAGAGAAGACUCCCUGGAAAAGACCCUGAUGUUGGGAAAGAUGGAGGGCACAAGGAGAAGGGGACGACAGAGGACGAGAUGGUGGGACAGUGUUCUCGAAGCAUGAGUUUGACCAAACUGCGGGAGGCAGUGGAAGACAGGAGUUCCUGGCAUGCUCUGGUCCAUGGAGUCACGAAGAGUCAGACACGACUAAACAACAACAAAGGGAUGGAGAAUUCAAUUAAGUUUGCAUUUAAAGGUGAAUCUGCAUAAUUUUCACUUUCUGAAACAAUGCACAAACUGAACACAACCAUCCUUCAAAAUCCACACCUCUCAGAAUUUUGCAGUGCUGUUCUCCAGCUGAGUAAUCUAUAUUAGGGCAAACACUAGGGCAAAGUGUGCAUAAAGAUGUAUAUAUUAGUGGAAAUAAUGUAUGAAAAUGCAUUGUAAUUGGAACAAUUGCUUUGCAAAACUGUGUUUAUGAGAUAAAAUUUCAUCCAAAGCUGUAUAUAUUAAGAGAAGCUAAUUGAUGAAUUGUCAUGGGGACUUUAAACAAAAUACUUUGCAAGCUGAUGUGGAAUGAGGAGAACUGAAUUUAGGACUGGAAAGAUGAGGCACCCACAACAACCAAUUAAACUGAGUGUGAAGCACAGGACCAGGGGUCAGAAAAGGGAUUAUUAUUAUUAUUAAUACUUGACCCAUCUGGCUAGGUUGCCCCAGCCACUCUGGGUAGCUUCCAACACAUAUAAAAACAUAAUAAAGCAUCAAACAUUAAAAACUUCCGAUACAGGGCUGCCUUCAGAUGUCUUCUAAAAGUCAGAUAGUUGUUUAUUUCUCUGACAUCAGACGGGAGGGCGUUCCACAGGACGGGCGCCACUACUGAGAAGGCCCUCUGCCUGGUUCCCUGUAACCUCACUUCUCACAGGGAGGGAACCGCCAGAAGAUCCUUGGAGCUGGACUUUAGUGUCAGGGCUGAACGAUGGGGGUGGAGACGCUCCUUCAGGUAUACAGGACCAAGGCCAUGUAGGGUUUACAGGUUGGCACCAGCACUUCGAAUUGUGAUCAGAAACAUACUGGGAACCAGUGUACUUUAGGACCGGUGUUAUAUGGUCCUGGCAGCCGCUCCCAGUCAGUGGAUUCCAGUGGAACAUAGCAAAUUCUGCAGUGUUCAAUAGUUAUACAUAGUACAGUGGUACCUCGAGUUAAGAACUUAAUUUGUUCUGGAGGUCCGUUCUUAACCUGAAACUGUUCUUAACCUGAGGUACUACUUUAGCUAAUGGGGCCUCCCGCUGCCACCACUGCACGAUUUCUGUUCUCAUCCUGAAGCAAAGUUCUUAACCCGAGGUACUAUUUCUGGGUUAGCGGAGUCUGUAACCUGAAGCGUCUGUAACCUGAAGCAUCUGUAACCCGAGGUACCACUGUACAAGCAAAAUUUAGUAUGAGCAAAGGAAAGCUUCCUAAGAGUUUCAACUUUCACUUAAGAAAUACAAAAGUCCAGUCAAGUGCUGGGGAACUUUCUGUCCAUAGUCUACUUUUAAGACCACAUUCUGCCUUGGGUAACAUGCUGAAGAGCAGACCCCUGCAGAGCAGUGGCAGGCAGGUACACUAACGCCCUCCAACUUUUCUCUGAUUAAAAUAGGGACACCCUAUUCCAUAACAACAACAACUACAACUUUAUUAUUUAUAUCCCAUCUAUCUUACUGGGUUUCCCCAGCCACUCUGGACAGCUUCCAACAUAUAUAAACACAUAAUAAAACAUUAAACAUUAAAAAAAACCUUCCCCAUACAGGGCUGCAUUCAGAUAUACUUAUCUCCUUGACUUGGGGAUCACAUAACUCCAUACCCUUGGAUGAAAAUAGGGAAGUCCUAAGGAAAAGCAGGAGAUUUUGGAAUCAAAUCAGAAACCGGGGUGACUUCUGUAAAUCGGGGACUGUCUCUGGAAAAUAGGGACACUUGGAGGGUCUGUACACUUACUCAGGCCUCAGACCAGCUGGGGGAGCAUGAGGGGCCUGCCAGACUUACACUGUCACACCCCAAAUGCCCUGCACCUCCCAGUUGACUUGGGACUCCCACCCUGGGCCUCAGACAAGCUCUGCAUGGGCCUGCUGGGGAGUGCAAGCUAGGUAGGGUUGCCACAUCUUGGAGAGCAAAACAGAGGACAGUCCGAGCCCUGGCUCGGGUGGGCAGUGGCUGUGGCAUGUAGAGCAGCCCAAGCCCCAAAUGCAAGGAAUAUUAGAUCCUCUCUGUUUUAGGACCCUGUCAAUCUCUGUGUGACCUUCUUCUUUUUUGCCAACUCCCUGACAAAACGCUUAUGAGCAUGUGCACUAUUUCAGGAGCUGAACAGCACACUUUUGAUGUGACCAUUUGGCCGAAAAACCCUGUGGUGGUGCAUGGUGGGUCUCUCUGGCUGAACUGCAGUGCCAGCUGUCAGGAAACAGAUGCCAGGGGAAGCUUGGAGACAUCUCUGAUCAAGGAGAAGAGAGACAAUGGGACCGGCUGGGCAGCCUUCCAGCUUGUGAACAUCACGGAGUGGGCGCCCACUGCAGAGUGCUCCUUCAGCUGUUACGGAAAGCACAGAUCUGUGCAUGCAAGCAUCACGGUGUAUCGUAAGUAGCUAUGAAGCAAAGGCUAUUUUAAAAACAAAACAAAAUGUGGUGUUUGCAUCUUUUUCCUUUUCUCUAGGGAACUUGUAGUGGCUUGCUCCUAUGCAGUCUCUGAUCUAGGCAAAUACAAAAUCCAAGCCAGUUUGGCCUCAGAGACUGAACAAGAUGAACGGCGUCAGGCCAAGCUAGUUUCCUUCCCAAGGGAGGAUGGCAUUGCAGUGGAUGCCCCACAGCUUAAGAUCCCUUCCUUUCUCAAAUCCCAGCAUGAGCAGCACCAUUUGAAAGUUCUGAGGUGUAUCGCCUCUUAGGAGUAAAGAGAGGUGCUCAAAUGCACAUUUCUUAAUAGGCGUGAAUAUGCUUGCCUUUGACUCCAAAGGAGUUUUCUUGGGAUCUGGUGGAUGAUCUCCUGAUCGCUGUGGUGGCCCUUUGUUGUAUGCAUCAUAAAAAAUAGGAAAAAGAGGGACAGAGAUUUGCAUAAAAUUGGCAUAAAUACAUACAUUUAAAAAGAAUGACCAUAGAAUCAUAGAAUCAUAGAAUCAUAGAAUCAUAGAGUUGGAAGAGACCACAAGGGCCAUUGAGUCCAACCCCCUGCCAAGCAGGAAACACCAUCAGAGCACUCCUGACAUAUGGUUGUCAAGCCUCUGCUUAAAGACCUCCAAAGAAGGAGACUCCACCACACUCCUUGGCAGCAAAUUCCACUGUCAAACAGCUCUUACUGUCAGGAAGUUCUUCCUAAUGUUUAGGUGGAAUCUUCUUUCUUGUAGUUUGGAUCCAUUGCUCCGUGUCCGCUUCUCUGGAGCAGCAGAAAACAACCUUUCUCCCUCCUCUAUGUGACAUCCUUUUAUAUAUUUGAACAUGGCUAUCAUAUCACCCCUUAACCUCCUCUUCUCCAGGCUAAACAUGCCCAGCUCCCUUAGCCGUUCCUCAUAAGGCAUCGUUUCCAGGCCUUUGACCAUUUUGGUUGCCCUCCUCUGGACACGUUCCAGUUUGUCAGUGUCCUUCUUGAACUGUGGUGCCCAGAACUGGACACAGUACUCCAGGUGAGGUCUGACCAGAGCAGAAUACAGUGGCACUAUUACUUCCUUUGAUCUAGAUGCUAUACUCCUAUUGAUGCAGCCCAGAAUUGCAUUGGCUUUUUUAGCUGCCGCGUCACACUGUUGGCUCAUGUCAAGUUUGUGGUCAACCAAGACUCCUAGAUCCUUUUCACAUGUACUGCUCUCUAGCCAGGUGUCACCCAUCUUGUAUUUGUGCCUCUCAUUUUUUUUGCCCAAGUGCAAUACUUUACAUUUCUCCAUGUUAAAAUUCAUCUUGUUUGUUUUGGCCCAGUUCUCUAAUCUGUCAAGGUCGUUUUGAAGUGUGAUCCUGUCCUCUGGGGUGUUAGCCACCCCUCCCAGUUUGGUGUCAUCUGCAAAUUUGAUCAGGAUGCCCUUGAGUCCAUCAUCCAAGUCGUUGAUAAAGAUGUUGAAUAAGACCGGGCCAAGACAGAACCCUGUGGCACCCCACUAGUCACUCUUCUCCAGGAUGAAGAGGAACCAUUGAUGAGCACCCUUUGGGUUUGGUCAGUCAGCCAGUUACAAAUCCACUGAGUGGUAGCAUAGUCAAGACCGCAUUUUACCAGCUUCUUUACAAGAAUAUCAUGGGGCACCUUGUCAAAUGCCUUGCUGAAAUCAAGGUAGGCUACAUCCACUGCGUUCCCUUCAUCUACCAGGCUUGUAAUUCUGUCAAAAAACGAGAUCAGGUUAGUCUGACAUGACUUAUUUUUCAGAAAUCCAUGCUGAAUAUUGGUGAUCACAACAUUCCUUUCUAGGUGCUCACAGACUGUUUGCUUAAUGAUCUGCUCCAGAAUCUUCCCUGGUAUUGAUGUCAGACUGAGUGGGCGGUAAUUAUUUGGGUCCUCUCUUUUCCCCUUUUUGAAAAUAGGGACAACAUUUGCCCUCCUCCAGUCUGCCGGGACUUUGCCUGUUCUCCAGGAAUUCUCAAAGAUGACUGCCAGUGGUUCUGAGAUCACAUCUGCCAGUUCUUUUAAUACUCUUGGAUGCAGUUCAUCUGGCCCUGGAGACUUGAAUACAUCUAAACUAGCCAAGUAUUCUUGUACUAUGUCCUUAGUUAUUCUGGGCUGUGUUUCCUUUGCUGAAUCAUUUGCUCCAAAUUCUUCAGGUCGGGCAUUGUUUUCUUUAUCGGAGAAGACUGAGGCAAAGAAGGCAUUGAGGAGUUCAGCCCUUUCUGUGUCCCCUGUUUGCAUUUCACCAUCUUCUCCUCUGAGUGACCCCACUGUUUCUUUGUUCUUCCUUUUGCUACGGACAUACCCAUAAAAGCCUUUUUUGUUGCUUUUAACCUCUCUAGCAAGCCUGAGUUCAUUCUGUGCUUUAGCUUUUCUGACUUUGUGUCUACACGUACUGGCUAUUUGUUUGAAUUCCUCUUUGGUGGUUUCCCCCCUUUUCCAUUUUUUGUACACAUCCUUUUUAAUCUUAACUCAGUUAAAAGUUCUUUAGAUAGCCACCCUGGCUUCUUUAGGCACCUUCCAUGUUUCCGUCUCAUUGGUAUUGCCUGACGUUGUGCUUUUAGUAUCUCCCUCUUAACAAACUCCCAGCCAUCAUGAACUCCCUUUCCUUUUAGUAUUACUGUCCAUGGGAUCUCACCCAACACUUCCCUAAGUUUUAUGAAGUCGGCUUUCUUAAAGUCCAGAAAUUGAGUCCUAGUAUGCUUGGCUGCUCCUUUCCGCUGUAUAGUAAACUUCAGAAGAGCAUGAUCACUCGCGCCUAAUGAUCCUUCCACUUCUACCCCACUAACCAGGUCAUCAACAUUGGUUAGGACCAGAUCUAAAAUGGCUGUUCCUCUUGUUGCUUCUCCCACUUUCUGGACAAUGAAGUUGCCUGCAAGACCAGAGCUUAAAUAGAAAUUUAAUGCAGCUCACAUCAUGGAGAGUCUGUGGAUAGUGGGCCAGUUCAGUCUCCUGUCUGUUGAGAGGCAGCUUCAAGGUGCCUUCUGCUCUCCCUCCUUAGGCUUCUUCAUCUUUAAGCUGGCCUUGGAGUAGGCAGUCAGGCAAGCAGAGGACCUUCCCAAUAAUAUUUGAAAGUCUUAAUUAAAGGACUGUCCCCUGUAAAGUAGGGUGUUUGACCACCCUAGACUCUCCACCCUGACUGCCUGAAUGGGCCUCAUGCAGAGGGUCAGCAGGGAUGGAUCCUGGUGACAUAGUAGUGGAAGGUUAAGGAUGGCAUGUCAGGUGGCAGAACCUGGCUAUGUCUAGUGGUUAAGGAGGAGCCUGAGGGUCAUGAGAAUGGCAAAUAGCAAAUAUCAUCAAGUAAAGCAGAAAACAGCCUACCUCUCCUUUGUUUCUGUCCCUUCACCUUGAGUUCUUACUCUUCCUGGAGAUUCUGCUGUCUAUGGAGCAGUCAUCCUGAUUUGUUGCACAAAGAUAUUAGCUAUUUAUUGAGCACUCAUUUUGAUUUAUUUAUGGGUAGGUUAUGUACAAUUGUGCAUUGAACAAUUACCCCCUUUUUCUCAUGCAUUUCCCUAUUGUGCCAAAAGCUCUGCAGCCCCCCACUGUGGUUAAUUAACAAUCAAUUGCUCUGCCCAGGGAACUCUGGGAAUUGUAGCUCUUGGAGGGGAAGAGGGGUCUUCUAAUAAUCCCAGAAUUCUUGGGGGGGGGGGUUUAAAGUAUUCAUGAGUGUUUAAAGUAGCAUCAUAAUGCUUUAAAUGUAUUGUGUGGAUGUGGCCUACUUGUGGGAUUUCAACAGCAGCAGCUGCCAUUCAUGUGUAAUCCCUGUUGUGGAGGUGGAGGGUGAUUAGCAAAACCAAUCCUCCUGGCAAACCCAAGUUUAGGACAUUCCACACCUUCCCUAAGCAAAGAUUCUUUUUCUUUGAGAGAAAUAAGUGGCUCAUGUAAAUGUAAACAAGCUUUAAUAAUAAACUGAGAGAAAACUGUAACAAAACAGCAUAAUGAGAGAAACUAAAUACAACAUGAGGCAAGUCUGAGGCAAGAAGCAAGAGGAGGCUGGGGGUCCCUCUGAAGGGAGCCCCCCUGGAAGGGAGGGGCUCAUCCCGGAGCACAAGCCCCGCCCACCAGAAACCAAGCCUUCCGCUGCUCAAAUGAGGCCCCAGUGUUUUUCUUACCAUCCCAUCCCAAUGUGCUUCCACAUAUCAUUCCAGAGAUUCCAGAGCAGGUAGUGUUGGAUCCAUUGCCAAUGAUGGAGGUGGGUAAGGAAUAUAACUUGACAUGCCGGGUUUUCAGCGUUGCCCCCGUCCAGAACCUCACUGUGACCUUGCAUAAAGGGAAGGAGGAGCUGUAUGUCAAGACCUUUGAGGACCACAGUGGCAAUGAAGCCAGUGAUGUUGUGGUGACUCACACCAUAGCUGCUCGGCAGGACGACCACGGGGAGGAAGUCACCUGCCAUGCAGCCCUGGACCUGAGGCCGGAAGGGCCCUUCUUGGAGAAGGCGGCCUUCAUCAAGGUCCUAAAGGUCUUUGGUGAGUUGCAAGCUUUUUUAUCGUUUGUAUACUAUUUCUUCUCCUCUUAAGAAUGAAAAUUAAUUUUGAAAUUUUCACUGAAAAUUAAUGACUUGAAUUACUGUAAAAUGAGAAAGAAAAUAGCUCAGAAUUUGAAGAAUGAACUGGCAGAAGCUGUGUGUUUUUUACAAUAGACUGUCACACAUUAAGCACACACACACUUCUAUAUUAGUGGAAUGAAAAUUGGAAAAGUGUAUUUAAAAUUUGUGUGUCCAGCAUCAUGAGGACAUGAGAAUAUAAGAAGUUGCCUUAGGCAGAGUCCAGUCAUUGGUCCAUCUGCCUCAGUACUGUUGUCUUCCCUUUAUUCUGGUAUGCACAUGAACAGUCAGCCAGCGCCAAACAUAGCUUACUGGGAAUGAGCCAGUGUGCUGCUGGUGCAGGGUGUUCAAACUAUGCCUGCCCUCCUCCCUCUUUGCUGCACUGAGAGGAAACACACCAGAGCAUUGGCUUAGCAUAACAUGGGAACCAGCUUUCCUGGUUUCUCUCCCUCUUAAAAAGCCAUGUGAAUAAACGAUGCAAGACCAAAUCAGAGGUCGGAGAGGCAUGUGAGGUCAAUUGCAAGGCAGCAGAACUGGGGAAAAGAAAGUAGAGGAGAGAGAGAAACAGGCAGAGGAAGGUGCAAACACGUUGCCAGUGCAAGGGGGGUUUUCCUCCAUGCCUCUGUCGCCAGCUCUGUCACCAAGGCAACUGGCUGGCUGCUACAUAAGCUUGCUGACUUGCACUCCUUGUUGGGCUGGAAAGCGUGUCUUCAGCUGGCUGAGUGGUGGCAAGCAGCUGGUCCCAACACAGAACCAACCUUGUUCGUUAUGCAGUUGGGAUUCCUUUUGCUUUCACUUAUUAGUACUGUUAUAGAUUUGAGGGAACCCCUCCUAAACCCUAGAAAUUAAUAAUCAUAGGAUUUUGAUAGCGUAUUGAAGGGAAGUUUGGAGGCCAGUGGAAAAACAGGCUAAGCUUCCUUUCCAAGCUAGGGCCUCACCUGGGAUAGAGGCAUUAACAUGACAAAAGGUGUUGAUGGCCCAUCUAAGAGGAAUCUUGGGCCUGGGCAGAUAAAGGUUGCCAUGGUGACAGGGUGUGUGUUUGAGGUGGCAGAGGAAUAGAUAGUCUUUUGAGCAAGGUGUGCUGGGAAGAAGAAAGGGAGAACAAAGGGGGAGAUCCAUCUUGGGCAGGCUAGCUGAAGGCAGGCUGGGAGAGAUGCCUUGCACUCCAGUGCUGCUCUGCUGUGGGGGACAAGCCCCUCUUAAGAGGACCAUGCUGUAAGAACUGGACUCCCUCCACACAGACUGAAGGUGUAAAUAUGUGAAUGAAUAAUAUUUCUUAAAACUACGACAGUCUCCUCCGCAUCUUCAGUUCUCCAAAGGAGCACAAGCCCUGGGGGAGCACCUGGAGCCCACCUGGAGUCUUGCUACUGCUCAGCAGAGAGUCGGGGAGGUGCCCAACUUCUGAAACAGUAACUUGAAAUGAAACAGAAGGAAUCAAUAGCCCCCAAUUAUCCAGAGGCUCUUUCCCCCAUUUUUGUCUAGUUUCCCAGCCUUUCAUGAACCUCUUUGAUCAUAUUAGCAAAUAAAUAUUUCAGGAAACUUCAGGGCACUUGAUGCAGUCCAACCAGUUUACAUAAAGCUAUUUUCUGAUGCUGAAAGUGGCCACAAGAAGCUGGACCACUUCAGAAUGCCUGCUCCCUUCCUUGGGUCCUACAGCUUUUCAGUCACUUCCUCUGCGCAAAUACAGUUAGUUACAGGAUGCUGGAUUUGAGAGGCUCUUGAUGUGUGCCAGUUUAGCAAGGACCUCAUUCUCAGAACAAAAAACAUAGCUUGUAUUUUUUCCCCCUGAGUAACUACCAAUUUCCAGUUCUGUUUUCAGGAAAGGCAUUCUACUGCCGGUGGGCAUGCAGGAAAUAUGCAAUUAUUAUAAUCCUGUUAGUGGGAGUCUAUUAAUAACUCUGUGACAAAGACACUGCCUGUUCCCCUCAAUCUUUCUUUCUUUUUUGGUCUCUGAGCUUGGUGCUUUAAUGAAGCUGCGAGGGAUGUUUGACUCACAGCCUUUGUUCAAGUACCCUGAGACAAGCUGCCCCCAACCUCACCUGAGCAAAUGGAACAUUCUGCAAAUGCAUUAGGAGAGUUCAGUGAUGAAAGGGGGAAAUGCAGGCAGCUUUUCUUUGAGUGGUUAGCAGUUCACAAACACACAGAAGACAUGGUAAAUUGGUAAACAUCAUUUAUUUGCUAGGUUUAUUUUUCACUUUUCUAAAGAGCUCAAGGCAGUUUUCAGAAAUAAAUAUGCCAUGUAAUUAAAAACACACCAGAUUCUUACAAAAAUAUCAUUUGGGAAGAACAUCUAAAGCAGCAGUAAGAGGAAACCAUGAAUGACUGCAUUAUUUUCUUAAUUUUAAAGUAUCCACAAGCUGCUCCAAUUCUAGAUGCACAUAGUUAUGCAUGAUGGGUUGCACCAGAACACAUUUGAUCCCAGACAGACCUAUUGUUCAUGCUAACUUAUUUUCAACUGGCGAUGAUUUUGCAGUUCCCACGGUUCCCAUUACCAUUCAAGUUUUCCUAGUUAUUCAUUUCUCAUUUAGAGGAGGCAGCAUAAAAGACUUUCUGGAUCUGGACCCUUGAGGUCUAAACAAACCAGGCGUCAUGAUAAAUAUGUGGUUGGCUGUGUUCCCAAAAAGGAGCUGUCCAGGCCUCUCUGCCUGGCUUUCAGACCCCCCCCAGGCCACACCCUUUAGCACCUCCACAUCGAACCCUUCUCGUGCCUUUUGGUCUUGCUGGAACUUGCACUGUGAUGACGUCUUUUGCUUGCCUCACAGGAGGAUGGAAAGAUGUGGUUGUAGAAGCCUUGGACUUCUGUGUGGCUGGAAAUGCAGCCUCUUGCAUUGUCCAUGCAUUGGUCCGCCCACUUUUGCCUCUGGCUUUGCCCACUGCUGGCAUGAUGUGGGCCCAGGAACAUAAGGAAAUAUGUCCCAUGGGAUAAAAAGGCUUCCUUGCUCCUGAUUUAGAAAAAUGGACCUUGUUUUUUGUUUGGCAGCCAAUGAUAUGAAAUGAAGCUGGGAAACGUGGAAGGUUCAUGGCAUUGUAAAUUGGAGGAGGUGAAGGCAUGUGAAAGCUGGUUUUGGUGGACACCACACAUUUAACCACCCCGUCUAGUUUCCCUCUAAGGGCAUCUUCAUUUUAGAGCAGCUUUAUGGCCACAGACUUCUCAGAUAAUGGCUGGCAUUUGACAUUUUGACGUACCGGUAGCUUCCAGUUGGCACUAGACAGCCAGAGAGCUCAAAACAAACACUCCCGCUCACCAGCAUCUAGCUGGAAACCAGAGGGAGCAUUUUUGAGUAGUUAUACAAAUAACAAUCUUCUUCGUGGCAACUGCAGGUUUCCCUGAGCCUUCCUUGAAGAUCCUUCCAUCUCAGACUCUUGUGAAUGAUUCUGUGACCAUUAUAUGCAAUUCUUCUGAUACUCAGCCACCCGGCAUUUCUCUUCAAAUCAAAAUUGCUUCUGGAAGGACCCUGGUGUCUGGCAACCAGCUCUCUCUGCAGUCCACCCUUAUAGCUGAGAAGGAAGAUAAUGAGAGGGAAUUCAUAUGUGAAGCAGAAUGGGGGAUUGGUGGUGAGACCAUCCUUAAGCAGACGUCUGCCAAUCUUACUGUCUUCUGUGAGUAUAGAACUUCCCUUCCAAUAAUGUUUGGUUUUGCUCUUUUUAUGGUAAAAACAUAAUAUAUACACUGUAUAUGAGAUGCAGCAGCAGAUCCAUACAGCUGUGUCUUUCAAGCAGCAAUGCUCUGUUUUCAAACUGCAAGGUCAGAGGUCACAUGUGUGAAUGCCUGCCCCACAUCUCCAGAAGACUUGAACAGGAGGCAUAAGGGGUCUAUGAGGUGGGAGACGUCGGGGUAGAGAUCCACCUGGUGUGCUAGAGAAAAACGUGGUUGCACCUUUCUGCAUAUUUGCUGAAUAUGGAGGAAAGCAGGGCUUGAACAGCUUUCUACCUCCACAACCAGAAGAACCAGGCCUUCCCAAACUUGCCUAGCCUGAGGCAUUUUGCCACCUCUGGCACCUGCCCUGUGUCACCUGAAAAGUGAAUCCCACAGCAUCUUCUGUGAUACCACAGGUGGUCUUAUGACAGCCCUUUCCUAUUGUUUUCUGCUUCACUGCUGCCACUUGAAUGGCUUAUGCAGCCAGACCUCAGAAACAGAUUGGGACGGUGUACACACCCACCCACAAAGAAUCCGGGAACCACAGUUUACCCCUCACAGAGCUACAAUUCCCAGCAUUCUUCAUAAACUCCAGUUCCUUUAGGGGGAGGGAGAUAUGCUUUAAAUGAAUGGGGUGUACACAGCCACAGUUUGCUGAGGCAAUGUAUGUGGUGCACUUUGGGCACUUAAACAUAGGUCUUUUGGGGGGUGGAAAAUGUGCUUUAUAAUUAUGGUGUGUAAUGUGCGUUAAAUGUACUGUGUGCAUCCAGCAAGCAUGCUGGCUUAUCCCUGCAAUUGAGGGUGCCAGCACUGCAUGGCAUGUGCAACUAAUGUCAGUACCCUGUGCAAUGUGCUCAUGCCAUGUGCACACACUGUGCAACACGCUGACGUCAGUCGCACAUGCUGCAUGGUGUGCAUGCAUGAGGUGUGCACAGCCACCACAGAAUUUUGAGGGGGCUGUCCCCUCCUUGAAAAUUUGGGGGGCCCUCAGUCCCCUGCAAGAUGGCACCCCUGGUAUGCAGCUGGGGUCAUACCUUUCCCCAGUGAUACUGUUCUUCCUCUUGCCCCCUUGCCACAACUGCAAGCUGCUUGGAUGCCAGCCUAACUGCUCUUUCAGCAGGUGCCAGGACACUCUGACACUUGCAGACUGCUGCAAAAACAGAAAUCCAGCGAGGCCUAUCACACUCCCCCUGCCACUGCCGCUUCACAUGCAGUGAUAAUAAGACAGUGUUCACAGAAUUUAACAGCCAGAAGGAGAAAAGGAGACAGACUUAACUCAUUUGCAGUUUCCCGCCAGUCAGGAAGAGCCAAUAAAAUGUGAUUAUAUGCCAUAGUGGCUGUGUCAAGGACUCUUGGGACUGGGGCUGGUGAUGGGGGGGUGGGCAUGGCAUCAGUGGAGACUUCCGGGGUGGCGCCACCGGCAAUGGAGGACUCCCUCUGAAUUGGAGGGACUAGCUCCGCAUGAAACGGGUCUUUCCGCUGCGGCGUAGCGGGGACCCUUCUGGAAAUCACAGGCGGAUGAAGCCUGUGACCGUGGGACUCGGCGGGCACCCUUAGCGCCCCCCCAACCCACAAAGGAACCCACAAACGGGCUCCGAAGUGAAGAGGGGGAAGUGGCGCGGUGCUGUGAGUCAAUUGCUUUUUCUGCGGAGCGAAGCCGCAUAGUCGUUGCCGGAGAGCGCUGCCCUUUUCCUGGGACAAUUUGGCAUUUAAAACAACCAACCGUGAGUACUGGAACAUUGAAUAUAUGGACUUCAAAUAAGAACUGGCGAAAUAAAAAGGAAUUUGGACUUAAAAAUUAGCCCUAAUUUGGUACUGAAACGGGAAGGUUUAAACAGGAAGUCACCCUCCCGUUUCCUCGUAGUCAGAACAAAGCAAAGAUAACGCAAACUAGAGCCUUAAAAAUCACUUUUAAAGGAUCAACUUUCAUCAUUUAAAAUCACUGAACCCCCCUUCGGUAGCAGGGGAAGAAGGGGGACCUUUUCUGAGCUGCUUAAACCUGCAGAAGUGAAUCUAAAGCAAAGUAAUUUUCCACCGUCCUGACCCUGGAGCGGGGUGUCAGAAUUGACGUUUGAAGCUCAUUGACCAGAAACAAAUGUCUUUGACAGAUAGUUAAAAGAAGAGAAACAUUGUGACUCCAUUGUUUCCCUUCGUCUUUUAAAAGAACAAAUAUGGACAAAAUAUCUUAAAAAAGAAACUUUGUUGCUAUUGUUUUCAAGAAAAAGAACAACCAGAAGUUUUUCCCCCUAGUGGGGAACUGUGAAAUUGUAACUAAUUCCUGGGAACUUGCAGCUGUCACUAAUUACAACUGUGGGAAAGGAUUUGUGACCUUGUAGGACAAUGUCUUCAGAAGCACCGUUGGGUGCUUUCUGUAAAAUAAAUGCCCUAUUGGAUCAGUUAAGUCAGAAGACGGAUUUCAUGACUAAUGCGGCCAGAACCUUUGAACAGGUAGUGGGAAACUAUAUGGAGCCCACCCAGGAAUCAAAACAGGAGCGUGCCAUGACAGAACAACUGAAAGAAGAGGACCUUGCUGAAUCUUGGGCGCCAGAGACGGAGGGAUAAAUGAACUUGGAAAAAAUCAGACUUGGAAAGAUAAAAUCUGGUUUGGUUUGGAAAUGGGGGGUUGGAUAGACCCCCCUUUACAGGGAGAUUUGGACUUUUCAAGUCUGGAAAGGGACCGUCAGAUGUUUGGAGCUGUGGGGGCUCUCAACUUUGAAGGGAAUCUGGAGCAUGCUUGUAAAUACUACAUCGAGCCUAUCCUGGACUAUGGAAAAGGGAUCGUCUUGCUGAAAAGGGUCAAAAACACUACCAAGCUGGAGUUCCCACGAAUAAAAGGGAAAUAUAAAGAAGAGGUACGAAAGGGACAUGGAAGAGACUUGAGGGCCUCGGAUAUAAGAUUGCCAGGUUAAUGUGCUAGAUUAAUAGGAUAAAAAGGACUGACAAAACCCGGGACCAGGAGGAAGGGACGUUGGAUGAAGACUGGAUUGCUUUUUUCUUUUAUUUUUAUCAUUAGGACUGUUUUAUAAAAUUGAUGAAUGUUAGGAAAAUGUUGAAAUGAAACUAUUUGGCUCUUAUAAAAAUGUCUAAAGAACUAGGUAAGAAUGUUAUGGUUUAGGAGAAGUUGGUAAAAAUUAAGAUUUAAGUUUUAAACUUUAAGGUUUUCUAUAAGAUAAGAUGAAAAUAGAUCAAGGUAAUGUGAUGACAGAAUACUAUGAAUUAUGGAAAGGAUUUGCUGUGAUUAUUAUAAAACAGGAUACAGGAAAAGGGAGGAGGAGGAGGUCAAGGAAAGAAGGUAUUGAAAGUGGAGAAUUGGAGAAUGAUGGUUUUAUUUUUUUUAUUUUUAUUUUUAUUUUUCUGUCUUGUUUUUUUCCUUUGUGUAAUUCUUAAAAAAAAACUCUUUUUUCAAUAAAUAUCAUUUAAAAAAAAAUAAAAAUGAAAAGAGUUAUAUUGUGGAGUGGGGGCAAAGGAUAAGCCCAGAUUCAAUACUUCAGUUUCUAUAGCCGUAAGUGGCUUAGAGGACAAAUUAAUUACUGCUACCUGUGGUACAUCCUCAAUGAGCGGGAGUGAAAAUUUGAACACUGAGGUGUAGUUGCUUCCUUCUUAAAAGCUCUGGUAUUAGGUCUACACAUAGCUCUCAAGGAUGAGUUGCCUCCACCAGCGUUAUGUUGAACCCCAAGUCCCUCAUCUCCUGACAUAAGGCUGGCUCUGAUGUGUCCUAAUCAGAAUUCAAAGUUGUAGCAUCAUACCAAGUGAUUUUCUUGAAAUUUGUAGUUCCCUUAUUAAACCACCAGUACACCUGCUUGUUGUUGUAAUUGUGUUGAUCUCUUAAGAAUUUUGACUUUUUAAAUUCAUUAAUCUGCUCUGACUACUGUUUGAUAUUGAUAUCAAGUUCUUUCAUCUUUGUUGCAAGAGUAUCGACCUCUUGCUCCUGCUUUAAUGAGUCUUAGAGUGUCUUGAUACAUCCCUCCAACUUUUCUGUCUCAUUUACCUCAGCUACUAUAAUGAGUAACAUUAGGUCAAACAAGCAUUUGUUAAGAAUUAAUGACUGCUCCCUACAAAAUGCUUCAUCGUCCUUAAGAGGGUUGGUGCCUUUUGUAAGCGUCAGCCUCGAAGAAUGUGUUCUACUUUUAAAUAUUCAUUAAGCCAAACUGCAUGUAAAUGCAUUCUCAACCAUUUUCUGUGAGUAUUAAUACGUUAAGACCCGUCAUUGGUCAUAUUGUCAUAUCCCAAAUUCAAAGAAGUUAGUUUAGAUGUUAUUUUCUCUCUCUAUCCUCUAUCCUCUAUCUGUAAAUACAAACAGAUGAACUCUCGCCAUAAUCCCCACAGAGUAUAACAAUACAAUGGUGGUGAUUCAAUGAAUACUGAAUCUGACACAAGAUAAUAUCACCAAGGCAACUAUCUGUAAACAAACAAUAAAGACCCAUAAAAUGGCAAAAGUAGUUUCUUUCCAAAAUAGGUUUUAUCUUGAACUAUUGCAAAUGCAAUAACAAAGAGUCCACUUGUGAGGCGGCUUGUGACAAUAAAAUUCUGAAACCAGAGUCAGCCCAGGAUUUUUUGAUAUCUGAAGCCGAAAACAUAACAGGCAAGGCCGGCUCAGCCACAAGGCAGAGUGGGGCAACUACCUUGGGUUGCUCCCCCUUUUAUGACAACCAGCUGCCUAAGGCAGUCACCUGAUCUGCCUCAUGCAAGGCCCAGCUUUUCUUAAAACAUUCUCACAUACACUUGCCUGUACCAAUGAGGCUUAAGUAACCAUCUGCCCAACACCACCCAAAUGUUCCAGACCAACAUUCUCCAACAUUAAACCUCCCCCCCUUUAUUUCUUACCCAAAGAGAGAAGAGCCUCAACCAAUGUGUGUGUUCCCUCUGCACAUUGCAGAUGUGCCGGAAAUGGAUGAGUCCACUUGUCCCAGCAACCAUACGUGGGUAGAGGGGACACACCAAACCCUACACUGCCUGGCUGAGGGGAACCCCAAGCCAACUGUGGUUUGCUCCAAAGAAGGUGUGGCUCACAACAUGGAAAAAGAGGAACGGGUUAACCGGACCCAAACCGGCAUCUAUAACUGCACUGCCACUAAUGAGCUCGGCUCCAUCACCAGAACAGUCACCAUCUACGUGGAAUGUAAGUGAAAUUUCUGUGUUAUGAGCUAUGUGAGGCAAGCAAGAAUGGGGUCCAAGCUAGCCACCUGGGGACAAUGGCUCUGAAUUUAGCAUCACGUAUGUCAGGUGGAACAGCCUACUGGGUCUUGAUCUCAAGCAGGAGCUCACGGUGUGGCAGCACCUUGGAGAGCCCUCAGUGAGCAACCUGCUCAAGCUUGGCAGCAGCCUUGUGCACACCCUGCUUCCUUGGCUCCAGCCCCUCCUGCCCAAGGAGCCUGGCUUCUGAAGUGGCCGCUCGCUUGCCUGCCCGUGAGUGCUUCUCUGCUUCUUGCCUUGCUUGUUCCUUUGACCACUGGGCAGGAGCUAUGGAGUGGGAGGUAGUUGGCUGCUCAGACUUCGGAUGGACGGACAGACGGACGGAUGGACCAUCUACUACUGGGGGGGGGGGCUUUUCAGCCCUAGGGUUACAUCCCAUUCUAGGCAAGCCAGUGCUGGAUGAGACCAGAAGCAAAAGUGUACUGAAUGGUGAACACCAUUUUUACCUUUGUCUAGUAUGCCGGUUUCCACGCACCUUCUCAUGCCCCUCUCAGUCCUCCACCCAAGCAAGCAAGAAGCAUGAGCAGGGCUCAAGUAUACUCUGGGUUGGGGGGGGGAGUAUACAUUUUGGCCAGGCUAAAUACUCCAGGAAGUUGGCCUGGGGAGAAGAGAAAGAGAGCUGGGUGGAGAGGCCUGCAGGGCUGCAUUUGUCCCCUGGCCCUGGUCUCUUAAAGUCCUGGUCCAGGAUCUGCAGGUGCAAAGCUGCCAGACAGGUUCUUCAGCUGGCAGUGUGGUAGACACAGACUUGAUCAACUCAUCCUCCUCCCUGGCCUUGGCUGUCACCUGAGGCCACAUCCUUAAUUAUAAGAACAUGGGGUCAUUUGGGCUGCUUUUUGGUGUAAGACAAGUUAUUCCUGCCCAGCUUUCAGUAGAUGUAUUGUCCAUCUUCUCUCUCUUGCAGACGGGCCUCAGCUGAGUGAGUCUGACUGCCCAAGUAACCAAACUUGGGUUGAAGGCAGCCAACUGGAUUUCAUUUGCCAAGCUCAUGGGGUCCCAGUUCCAGAUGUUUCCUGCAUGAAAGAUGGUAAAGUGUACAAUUCCAACAAAUUGCAGAACAUCACACAAAGCCAUGCUGGUGUUUAUCACUGCAACGCUACCAAUGCACAUGGAUCAAGCAGCAAGAUGGUCACAAGCAGAGUUGAGUGUAAGUGCAACUUGCACCUUGCAUGCAUGAUGUGUGCAGCUGAUGAUGAAGAAUCCAAGCAGAAGCAGCAACUAGGCAUGUGCAGAUGAUCCAUACUUUAAUCCCACAGGUUUUAACAGAAUGUAAGAGUAGACAACUGACCAUAAAAUUUGUCUAGCUUUAUAGUGGCAAAAGGUGAUCAAGUUCCCACCAGAAACGUAAGAAGUAUAGGAGGGUAUAUUUUUUGCUCUGUUGAGGCCCAUAUGUCUUCAGUGGGAAUUGUCAAGCAGUUCCUCUGGCUGCCGCAACUGUGAGCCACUAUCAGGGUUGUUCUUAUCCUACCAUAAUUACCACUGUAAAAUCAGAUUCUAUUUUUCUCCCUGUCUUCUAGAUGGGCCUGAGAUGAAUGAUUUGAGUUGCCCCCAUAGCUGGAUCUGGACAUCAGGGACAGAGCAAAUGUUCACCUGCUCUGCUGGGGGAGAGCCAGAGCCAACCAUUGAGUGCAUUAAGGAUGGUGUGACGUACAGCCCUGGGCAUCUCCAGAGUGUCACCAGAGACUAUGCCGGCACCUACCUCUGCACAGCCACAAAUGUGCAUGGCUCCAGCACCAGAGCUGUGAGCAUUCAAGUGGAGUGUAAGUGAGCCCUGACCUUCUGUCAAAUGGGGAGGCCAUGCUGGUAGGUUUUUGAGUGGCUGCUUUCAGGACCCAGCCAAACAAAGUUGCAUCGUUCUGUGUUGUUUUUUUCAUGAGUGCUUCUUGUUUUAGCUGAUUUCUGGCUCUUGGUGCAAGCAGCUUCUGACUGCUGUUUUAAUGCCUUUGUCCUUCCUCCAUUUGGCUUUUUUUUUGCCCUCACAGUCCUCACUGACCCACAGAGUGGCUUAGUCCUGUUGUUAAUGGCAUACCUGACAUGAUGAGAUUGUGGGCUCUUUGGAACAAAGUUCUACUAAAUGACAGUGUGGCAAAAUGAAGCUGAGGGCUGCGAAAGAAGACAGAGGAAGGAAAAUGCCAACAAGAAGCAGCAAAAGCCACCAAAGGCUGACUAGCAGUAGGAAACACAAAUGCUUAGAAAUGGGAGAAUUUGGGCGUGAGUGGGUGUGUAAUUUAUUUCAUUGCUUUGAAUAUAAUUUCUUUAAAGUGAAUAUUGAAAUUGAAGCCUGUUCAUCAGAACAGCCCUAACUCUUUUUUCAGCUGGCUUAUGAUUAGUUCCUACCAUUGGUCCUCUUUAAAGAUCAAGCCUAAAACUGUGGAGUAGCAAUAGGCAGGGAGUUUGUGGCCUCCUGGGGCAAAGGGUUGAGGCACACUGGCAAGGCAGAGGCCUGUUUUGGUUUCAGCUCCAUUACAAAGAGGCAUGGCAUGGAGGGGAGAUCCUCAGGCCUGGGUGCCAAAGGCAGCCCACUCUAUGUGGCUCUUGGGAAAUCUCCCCUGACCACACCUCCAGCAGCUUGGCUUCACCAUCUGUUCUGAACUUGCCUCCUUAAUGGGUGGGUGUUUCUUAUGCAACAUGUUUAUAGUUUUUGCCCCAGCUGGUGGUUUUUCAAGUUCACUAACUCCAGAAAGAACUGCUUCCACAGCUGCCACAAAAAUCUGUCUAGGAAUUCUUGCAAAAUGUCACUGUCUCUCUUAACAUUUCAGAUAAACCAGAAAUGGAUGAAUCUAGCUGUCCAAGUAACUGGAUCUUGGUGGAGGGGGCGCUGCCCUCCUUUAUCUGUAAAGCUGAGGGGAUUCCGCCUCCAGAGGUUACAUGCACCAAAGAUGGCAUGACAUACUUCCUUAGCCAAGGACAAGGGAUCCCACUCUACAAUGGAACCUUCUGGUGCAAUGCCACAAACCGGCUUGGGACAGUGGCUAAGGCAGUUGUGGUUACAGUGGAAAGUGAGUGUUGGUUGUGGUCUCUGGAGAAGCAACACAUCAAGCCAGUCACCCCCUCACCCUCACCUGGCAUGAGAACUGGCCCUAGUCCUUGGUUAAGCUGGGUGGCAUCCUGUUCCACUAGGAGUCUAUACUUCCCUCCUGCCACCUACUUCAGGUGGGUUGAUCUUCCCUUUUUGCCAGGUGAGGAGGAAGAAGAAGAAUACUGUAGUCUGGGAGGUUUCCCAGGUUUUGAGCCGCUUUGAGGGGAAUUUGUUUGCUUGCAUAUGUGUUAUACAGUAUAUUUCAACCUUCUGCAUCCAAAUCUCUAUGUUCCUAAGUGAUACACUUUAGCUUUGACCCUAAGCCAAGCAUCCAAGAGUGGCAUCCAAAAUGUCUGGUGCAGAAAUCCUUACCAGAAAAAAACUUGUCCUUGUAGCCAUUGGCGUGCUCUGGUCCAGGGGGUCACAAAGAGUCGGACACAACUAAACAACUAAACACCAACAUGGUAGUCAAUGUGGUGCCCUCCAGUUUUUAACUGCAACUCCCAUCUUCCUUCACGAUUGGCCGUGGUUUCAGGGGCUGAUGGGAUCUGUAAUCCAUGAUAUCUGAAGGGCACCAUCUGAAAUGUCAAGGAUGAGCUAAUAUUAGCUAAUAAUUUAUCACAAAAUUUUUGGAAGCCUAAACUGAAAGAUUACAAAAUAGCCAACUGAAAUGGCAACAAUGCAAAAUCUGUUUUGAAACCAAGCCCCCUCAUUGCAGAGCAUUAAUUUAGGCAUAGUUUGGUGGAUAAUGUAGCCUUCUGUGACAUAGUUUGGUGGCAGCUGUGUACAUACAGAGGCUCACCCUGCUUAUGUCAAGAGGAGUUUCUUGUUAUAUCAAUGUGUUUCAGCCAAACCUAAAAUGGAUGAGUCCAGCUGCCCAAGCAACCAGACCUGGCUUGAGGGGACUUUGCAUUCGCUGGCCUGUGAAGCCAAUGGGACUCCCACCCCGCUGGUCAUUUGUGCCAAGGAGGGAGGCAUUGAGGAGUUCUACAGAGAACGGAAUGUCAGCAGGAAUGACUCUGGCAUCUACCAAUGCAAGGCCACCAAUGGCCACGGAACUGAGAGAUGGUUGGUGAAUGUGCAAGUGGAAUGUGAGUAGGUGAAGGAAUUUGUUUCACUAAAUUUUUUUUAAUGUGAACAUACCUAAUUCACACUUUCUGCAACAGUACACAAAGUGAAACACAGCUAUCCUACAAAAGACACACGGAUCCAAAUUUUGUGAUGCAGUUCUCCAAUCAAUUCUCCAAUUAUUCAAAGAUGUGGAAACUAGGCAUAAAAAUGCAUAUAUUAAUGAAGAUAACAUAUGAAUGCAUUUAUUAGAGAACACUGCUUUGCAAAUAUGUGCAUAUGAAGCCAAGUAGCAUACAGUCAUGUGUACGAGGAUAAAAUUGCACUAAAUUGCUGAAGAAUUUUCAUGAGGACUUAAAAAAUGCAAAUUGAUGCAGAAAUGUGGAGCUCAGCUUAAGAUAAGACUGGAAAAAGUAGAAACUGAGAGAAGCAAAAAUUGAAAGGUGAGUCAUCAGUCUAAACCAAGGCUGGACCAAAGUCCUGGCCCAGUUUCCCAAAAAUAUUACAGUGGUACAUCAGGAUGCGAACAGGAUCCAUUCCGGAGCCCCCUUCGCAUCCAGAAGCAAACAUAACUAGCGUCGGCACAUCUGCGCACACGCACGUUGCUUUUCACCACUUCUGCGCAUAUGCGUGAUGUCAUUUUGAGCGUCUGCGUAUGCACGAGCGGCAAAACCCAGAAGUAACACGCUCCGUUACUUCCGGGUUGCUGUGAAGCGCAACUCGAACGUGCUCAACAUGAAGCAUAUUCAACCCAAGGUAUGACUGUAUUCAAUUUUCCAAGUGUCCAAUUUUCUGUUGCUUUCUUUGGUGGGUGGUAUUUCUCCAAAAUUUUCAGAAGGCAUUGCUGCUGGAACACCACACUGCAAUGCAGCAUUGCAUUCCAGGUGGACUAAACCACAAGUUAUUCAUUUCCCCUCCCUCUGAGUUUUCCACUGAUACCUCUCCAGGCUGGGAAAGUGCUUCAGAUGGAGAAGUUAGGGUGAUCAAUUGAGUUACACCUGGUAACUCUUCAACUGAGCUUGCUAGCAGCACCCAAAUAUUACAGUGAUGAAGAGCAAAGAAAGGUAGCCUCUUCUUGGGUUUGCUGGCUGACCUUAAGCCUCCUUCUCUUCUGUUUCCAGACAGGCCUGUUAUCUCCAUUCUGGCUGUCAGUGGUACCUUACCCAUCAGAAGGGGAGAAAACUUUACCAUCACCUGCCAGGCGGAUGGGUCUCCAGCUGCCAGCUACUCCUGGAAGGUGCCUCAGGCCUCCAACCUCAACUACGGUGGCAACAACAGCACAGUGACUGUUGCCAGCGCAGAUGGACAGAACAGUGGUGUGUAUGAGUGCACAGCCAGCAACAAGCAUGGGCAGCAGCGCAGCCAGGUGGAGAUCAAGGUGGAAGGUGAGGCCCCAUAGCAGAAAGGAUUUGAAAUACUGCGUGCCCUUUUGGUUGCAUCUUGAGUGCUAGAAGUCAGAGCUAGACAAUCCACCCCAACUGAGUGUUGGCAAAGGAGCAGGUCAGUCAAGACUAUGUGAGCAGCAGGUGCAAGUGCUUAACAGGUGUGUGUCCUGGAAGCUUAAAUCUAUGCCAGGGGAAGAAAACUAGGCUGUCAGUAUUUUACAGCAGGCAUAGACAUGCAUACUGGAAAUUUAGGAUUGCACUAUUAAAGUGGAUUAAAGCACAACAAAUUCACUUUUUAAAAGUGAUGGAUGGCAGCUAACAGAUUGAAGAUGAAUCCCAACAAGACAGAGGGUGGGCAGGUGUGGGGGACUCCCUGGUCCUGAAUGGAGUAACUGUGCCCCUAAAGGACCAGGUGCGCAGCCUGGGAGUCAUUCUGGACUCAGCUGUCCAUGGACGCGCAGGUUAAUUCUCUGUCCAGGGCAGCUCCAUCUGGUAUGCAGGAUGAGACCCUACCUGCCUGUGCACUGUCUCACCAGAGUGGUACAUGCCCUGGUUAUCUGCCACUUGGACUACUUUGAAACUACAACUAAUCCAGAAUGCGGCAGCUAGACUAGUAACUGGGAGCAGCCACUGGGACCAUAUCACACUGAAAGACCUACACUGGUUCCCAGUACAUUUAUGAGCACAAUUCAAAGUGUUGGUCCUGACCUUUAAAGCCCUAAAUGGCCUUGUAUACCUGAAGGAGCGUUUCCACCACCACCGUUAAGCCCAGGCACUGGGAUGCAGCACUUCUGGCAGUUCCCUCACAGAGGUGAAACUACAGGGAACCAGGCAGAAGGCCUUCUUGGUAGUGGUGCCCACCCUGUGGAACACCCUCCCAUCAGAUGUCAAGGAGAUGACCUUUAGAAGACAUCUGAAGGCAGCCCUGUAUAGGGAAGCUUUUUAAGGUUUCAUGUUUUAUUAUGUUUUUAUAUAUGUUGGAAGCUGCCCAGAGUGGCCGGGGCAGCACAGUCCGAUAAGCGGGGUACAAACAAUAAAUUAUUAUUAUUAUUAAAGCAAGCAAGCAAGCAAACAAACAAACAAACAAACAAACAAACUCUUUGUGGUUAGAAAAGUGACGGGAAAAUGCACUGAAAAGUGUGGGGAGAGCAAGUGAUAGAUGAGUAUACACACCAUGCAAGCAAAUCUGGAUGGAUGUUCAUUGUUAUGUAACCUCCCCAGAAACAAAUCAGAAUGAAUGCUCAGCAAAGACCAGACAUCACCUAACCUCUGUGUAAGCUUUGUGCAGAGCAAAUCAGAAUGAAUGCUCAACAGGUUGUAUGGAGAAGCCUACAAUGUUACAGUGGGGGUACAAUCUCCUGCCUCGCUUCUUAGAAAAAUGAAAUGCAGUCACCAGAAGCUGAAAAUAUAUGGGAGAGGAAUGGCAGGGUGGUGAAGAGUGGGAGUUCAUUUUAUCCUUUUUCUUUCUGUUUUUCUGUUCAAAAUCACAUGCACCCCCAGCUGUUUUUCCACUUGCAGGAGAAAAGAUACAGACAGCCAUUCUUCCCACCCUGCCUGCAAGUUGAAAAACAGCAGGAGGGAAGGCUGAGUGAAUGGGGAAACACCUGGAGGAGAAAACUUUCCUUUUGUAAGGCAACACACUGAAUACGCUGUUAAGAAUACUCUGCUUCCUCCUUUGCAGAUCAUUGGCUUUACAUUAUUGCUGUCAUAGCAAUUGCUGCUGCCACCAUGUUGGUCCUGGGAGGAAUGGCUGGGGUCAUUUACUACCUCAAAUCCACAGCCUGUAAAAAAGGAGAGUACAAUGUCCGUGAUGCAGAGAAUUCCACCGAAGCUACUUGCCUAAACCGUGAGAGGACCUGUGAUGGUGACAUCUAUGGUAUACAGCUCACCAGAACCUGA